GUCAUCGUCGUCGAUCCAGAUCGGAGACAGCGAGCGGCGCGGCGAUGCGCGCUUCGAACGGCUCCGACAGCUCUCGGAUAUCUCGCGCGACCGAACACACGGGCGAGUUUGUACAGUUCUCCGGCAACUUCCCGUCCGUACGGUAUGUCACAACGGUUUCGCGCAACGCACCGAUGAGAACCGAGCGGCGCGAGUUUCGUUCAUCGCGUCAGUCCAAUAAUCGACGGUCACGGAUCGGCUGAGACAGAGCGCGGAUCGUGGCUUCGUAGCUUCGAAGCAACCCUGGACUCGAUAGCGACGGCGAGAGAGGAAAAAAAAAUCUAAAGUGAAAAAACAACAACUAGGAAUGUAAUAAUUACCUUGUUUUCAUUACAAUUUCGAAAUAGUACACGAGAAGCAGCGCGGUUCUCGCGCACCUUUCCUAUGGGCAAUAUCGGGGAAAUAACAGUGAUUGGCGCGCAAGGUGAUCGAGGGAAGCCGGUAAAGGUCAAUCUCGUGCGAUCGAUCAAAGAAAAAAAGGCCGGUGCAUGCAGAAGGUCUUUCUUGUCCGGAUCUCAACGCGGAACGCGUGAGAAUUUUCUGUUCAUUCUCUCCGGAUGCAACUUUUCACUUGGUCCUGAGGAAUCCUACCGACGCGAACACAAUGGACCCGAACACACAACGAGGAGGCGACCGGAAGAUCCCGCGUGUUCCUCCAGCGGAAGUACCAACAAAGGAAGAGAAAUCUCACGAACGAGAGAAACACCUUUCCCAGCAGGGAAAAACAUAAAUGAACGAAAAAAAGGAAGAGAAUCAGUGACUAGUGAAAAAGUGUUAAACAAGCAGCAGCAUCGUCAAGAUCCGAGGGACGGACAUGGUUAUCUUCCCUAGCUUCCCAAGAUCAUCGCGCACCCACACCAGCCCCGACAGCCGGUCCCGAUUAUAUUUUCGA